GAUGUCACAUCCGCGCUGGCUGGUUCCCUCUCUGCAGGGGGCCGGCUCGACUUGGUGUCCCGGGCGCCCAGCGGGCAAACUUUUCCCUGGUGGUGUGUGUGGGGAGGAGGGGGAGCAGAGGGUGGGCUGGGCCCGUGACACAGAAAGAGGGGCUUUGAGGGCGGCACCCUUCCUCCCCUCCUUCCCUCUCUCUGGCCAGGCUCCUCCGCCUGCUUGAAUUGGACAGCGGCACCCUCCUCCUGCUCCUCCCUCCUUGCCUCUUCUCCCGUUUGCUACACGGAGGCUGCCUGUGCCUGCGGAAUGAAUGAGCCUCCCCCGGGCGGCUGCUGCUGCUGCUCCCAGUAUUGUGGCGGCGGCAGAAAGUGGAAGCCACUCGAGGGGUCCCUGCAGUGACUGGAUGAAGGAGAGUCCAAGGGAGGAGAAGAAGGAGGAGGAGGAGGAAGAGGAGGAGGAGGAAGAAGAGAGCAGGCUCCGCCGUCAAGCAGCAGCAGCAGCAGCCCCGGGACCGGCAGCAUGCAGCCCUCCUCCCGCAUCCUCAACCUUUUGCUGCUGACUCUCCUGGCCGGGCUGGAUCCUUCCAAGACUCAAAUUAGUCCUAAAGAAGGAUGGCAAGUCUAUAGUUCAGCCCAAGAUCCAGAUGGGCGGUGUAUUUGCACUGUUGUGGCACCAGAACAAAACCUCUGCUCCAGAGAUGCCAAAAGCAGACAACUUAGACAACUGCUAGAGAAGGUUCAGAACAUGUCCCAGUCCAUUGAAGUUUUAAACCUACGGACUCAGAGGGAUUUCCAAUAUGUUUUAAGGAUGGAAACACAAAUGAAAGGGCUGAAGGCCAAGUUCCGGCAAAUUGAAGAUGAUCGGAAGACCUUAAUGACUAAGCAUUUCCAAGAAUUGAAAGAAAAGAUGGAUGAGCUCCUGCCACUGAUCCCAGUUCUGGAACAGUACAAAACCGAUGCCAAGUUAAUCACCCAGUUCAAAGAGGAAAUUAGAAAUCUAUCUUCAGUUCUUACGGGGAUCCAAGAGGAAAUUGGUGCCUAUGAUUAUGAGGAACUACAUCAGCGGGUGCUUAGUUUGGAAACCAGGCUCCGGGACUGUAUGAAGAAACUGACAUGUGGGAAGCUGAUGAAAAUCACUGGUCCUGUUACUGUCAAGACAUCUGGAACCCGGUUUGGUGCUUGGAUGACAGAUCCAUUAGCAUCGGAGAAAAACAACCGAGUCUGGUACAUGGACAGUUACACCAACAACAAAAUAGUCCGUGAAUACAAAUCAAUAGCAGACUUUGUCAGUGGUGCAGAAUCAAGGACAUACAAUCUCCCUUUCAAAUGGGCAGGAACCAACCAUGUUGUCUACAAUGGUUCUCUCUAUUUCAACAAAUAUCAGAGCAACAUCAUCAUCAAGUAUAGCUUUGAUACUGGGCGGGUGCUUGCUCAACGUAGCCUGGAGUAUGCAGGCUUUCACAAUGUUUACCCAUAUACGUGGGGCGGCUUUUCAGAUAUUGACCUGAUGGCAGAUGAAAUUGGCUUGUGGGCUGUCUACGCAACUAACCAGAAUGCUGGAAACAUUGUCAUCAGUCAACUGAACCAAGACACAUUGGAAGUGAUGAAAAGCUGGAGUACAGGAUAUCCAAAGAGAAGUGCUGGGGAAUCCUUUAUGAUAUGCGGCACCUUGUAUGUCACCAAUUCCCACUUAACUGGAGCCAAGGUCUACUACUCAUAUUCCACAAAAACUUCCACAUAUGAAUACACAGACAUACCCUUUCAUAAUCAAUACUUUCAUAUAUCCAUGCUCGACUACAAUGCCAGAGAUAGAGCUCUCUACGCCUGGAAUAAUGGACACCAAGUCCUCUUCAAUGUCACUCUUUUCCACAUAAUUAAAACAGAAGAUGAUACAUAAACUAUGAUCUAAUGCUAAUUCUGGCCACCCAAAAGCAGUGUCAUUUGUGCUGAACUCAAAAGCAUCCUGCUGGGUUCCUUUUCAGUUCUUUUUCCAGUAUGAAUUAAGAAAGAAAGUUUUUUCUACAGUAUAAUGUAUUCCAAAUAUGGUGGAACCUUUCUUUAAAAUGACCUGGUUGGAAUUACAGGUAUCUUUCUUAACUCUACACAAAGCCUGCCAUGACUUUGGUAUGGAAAGCACUAAAGUUGAUUCAGUGGCUAAA